AUGAUUGAAGAAAAUUCGGAUGUGAAAACCUUAAGUAAAAAUAACCGCAAAACAUUGGUUGGUGGUGGCGAAUACGAUAAAGAAGAAAAAUGUGACCUACCCAAAAGACUCUUGGAAAAAGAAGCUUUGCAACAUGAAUGCGAAAAAUGGAUAGAAAAGGUUAUAGAAAGACCUACAAAAAUCGAACCUACCAAAAGAACGCCUAAAGUGAUCAAUGCCGAAAUGGAUGAAUUACGUAUAUAG